CAAUGUUUGGAUUUUUUUUCCAGAAUUUGGUCGGCCCAAGCCAUUCUUUGUUUUGGGUCCAGCCCAAACUCUCCCUCCCUGCCGGCAAUAAUCACCAGAAAAUUCCCAAAUAGAAGUUUUUGGCGCCCUAAAGAUUGAAGAAGAGCAGCGAAGAGAUGAGCGUGGCGGAUCUGCCAAAGACAGAGGCGAACGUGCUGAGAGGCCACGAGGGGGCAGUAUUAGCAGCGAGGUUCAAUAGUGACGGCAAUUACUGCCUCAGCGCCGGGAAAGACCGAACCAUCAGACUCUGGAACCCACAUCGCGGCAUCCACAUCAAGACCUACAAGUCCCAUGGCCGCGAAGUACGUGACGUUCAUGUCACCUCGGACAACUCGAAAUUGUGUUCUUGCGGUGGUGACAGACAAAUCUUUUAUUGGGAUGUGGCGACGGGGAAAGUCAUUCGAAAGUUUCGAGGUCAUGAAGGGGAGGUGAAUUCUGUGAAGUUCAAUGAGUAUUCAUCUGUUGUGGUCUCGGCAGGUUUUGAUCAGUCCUUGCGUGCUUGGGACUGCAGGUCUCACAGCAAUGAACCCAUUCAGAUAAUCGACACGUUUACAGACAGUAUAAUGUCUGUUUGUUUAACAAAGACCGAAAUUAUUGGUGGAAGUGUUGAUGGAACUGUGAGAACUUUCGAUAUGCGUAUAGGGAGAGAAGUAUCCGAUGACUUGGGACAACCUGUAAACUGCAUCUCAAUGUCAAAUGAUGGUAACUGCAUACUAGCCAGUUGCUUAGAUUCGACUUUACGUCUCAUUGACAGGUCUUCUGGUGAAUUACUUCAACAAUACAAAGGUCAUACUUGUAAGUCUUACAAAUUGGACUGCUGUAUUACCAACACCGAUGCCCAUGUAACCGGUGGGUCUGAGGAUGGCUUCAUUUUCUUCUGGGAUCUGGUAGAUGCAUCUGUGGCAACAAAGUUCAGAGCUCAUUCGUCAGUGGUAACAAGUGUGAGUUAUCACCCAAAGGACAACUGCAUGAUAAGUUCCUCUGUUGAUGGCACCAUUAAGGUGUGGAAAUCUUGAGAACUUUUCACAAGCAAUGAAGUAAAUCAACCUAUGCUGUGCUGCAAUUUGUACCUUCGCUGCUGAAAUGCUGCCUUGUAAUUAUAGAAUUGUUAGCUUUGCUUGUUCCAAUGCUCUUCACUUUCAGAGUUUUGUAUCUGAUUUUGCACAACAUUUUACUGUAUUGAAUUUGGGCACACUGUAAUUGAUGUAUGAAAAGUUAACAAUGUUUUGUAUUGAA